CCAAAGCUGAAUAUUGCUGUUCUGGGGCUUCCUGCCAGCCUUACAAUUCAGCUCACCAUCUCCAGCUACCUGGGUCAUGGCUUUGCUAUUCUUCUUGAUCCUUGCCUUUUGUACUGGACUUGGCCUCUCAGGGUCUUCAUCCAGAACGCGACUGGUGGGAGGUCGCCAUCGCUGUGAAGGGCGGGUGGAAGUGGAACGGGACGGCCAGUGGGGCACCGUGUGUGAUGACGGCUGGGGCAUGAAAGAUGUGGAAGUGGUGUGCCGGGAGCUGGGCUGUGGAGCAGCCACAGGGACACCCAGUGGUACUUUAUAUAAGCCAUUGGCAGAAAAAGACCAAAAAGUCCUCAUCCAAGCGGUCAGCUGCAGUGGGAUGGAAAGUAAACUGAUUCAUUGUGAGCAAGAGGAAGAUGUUUUUGAUUGCUCCCACAAUGAGGAUGCAGGGGCUAUGUGUGAAAUUCCAGAGACUGUGCGGCUGGUUGGUGGCCCUGGUCGCUGCAAAGGGCGAGUGGAGGUGAAGCACCGAGAGCAAUGGGGCACCGUGUGCAAAGCAGGCUGGAAUCUCUCAGCCGCGAAGGUGGUGUGCUGGCAGCUGGGGUGUGGGAGGGCCACACUGACCCAAAGAUGCUGCAACAAGGAUACACAGGGCCAAGGGCCCAUCUGGCUGAGUAAGGUGUCAUGCUCAGGACAAGAAGGAAGCCUUCAGGAUUGCCCUUCUGGGCUCUGGGGGAAGAAUAACUGCACCCAUGAUGAGGACACGUGGGUCGAAUGCGAAGAUCCCUUUGACUUGAGGCUGGUAGGAGGAGACACCCGCUGCUCUGGGAGACUGGAGGUGCUGCACAAGGGCGAAUGGGGUUCUGUCUGUGAUGAUGGCUGGGGAGAAAAGGAGGAAAAGGUGGUGUGCAAGCAACUGGGCUGUGGGGAGUCAAUCUUUCUAUCUGCCAAAGCCCGGAGAAACUUUGGCCUUGGAGCUGGCCGCAUCUGGCUAGAUGAUGUUCAUUGCUCAGGGAAGGAGCAGUCCCUGGAGCAGUGUCGGCACAGGUUCUGGGGGCAUCACAACUGCAACCACAAGGAAGAUGUGGCCGUGACCUGCUUAGAACUGUAGCCUGGCCUUCUUGAUGCUUGACCUGAUCCCUGCAGGCCCUGAGGGUCUUUUGCUUUCUCCUGGGCCAGAAUGGCCUGGCAUGAGCACUGAGCCUGCAGGCUUAGCUACCACUCCCUCAGCUCCUCAGCAGGAAUCUGAACACUCUGCUUAUACUUUGCUCUCAGAGCCAAGCACCCCUAUCAUUGCCUGGAGAUAUGAGUUGUUGACUUCUCUCUUGCUGGGGAAGAUGAGCUCCCAGUCGCCCUCUCCUCACUGCUGACCCUUUGGCAUUUGUUCUGGCCUCUCCUGCUUCUUCUCAACCAGCCUAGCAUCCCCAGGCUUGUUACUUUGACCACUACAGGCUCUUUUCAAGAAAAGAUCUAUGUCUGUAAAGAACAUGAAAGGAAUGAGACAACAAAAGAACAUUUGAAGGGGAAUAUGGGUUAACAAUUACAUGAAAGUUGGGGGAAAGCUUAGAGUCUUUUUGAACGCUUUUUCUUAACCUUCAGGUGAUCACAACAAUUAACAUCUGAAUAUUCUCCUAUUCUUUGAUGAGAGUAGACCAUUCUUUCAAGAGCAGUGCAGUAUCCUGUAAUCCUAGACCUUUUCACGACACUUGGAAAAAAAUAUCACACUCCCUGAAUGCCCAUAAUAAAAUAUCUUUGUUGACCAUCCAUGUACAUCUUGCCAACAUGGUGUACAUUGAACAAGAAGAAUCUCAUAAAUUCACUAUUCCAAGGAAAAAUGUUUUGGCUAUGGAGCUGCCACUAGGAGAAGGGAAAGGAAGAGAUGCAGACAGAGUUUAGGGAGGUCCAGAGUCAUGCCUCAUGCCAACCAGAUGAUAUAAUUUUAAUUCUGUCAACUCGGACUUUAGGAUCUGCAAGUCUGAGGCAAGAUAGAAUGAUACUAAGGAGAGAAUCAUGACUUAAUUCUAAAAACUGACAACUUUAGAUUCUGAGGCCAAGUCGAGUACCUGUAAUAUGCCUACCUUUAUGCUUUCUAAUAAAGUAGUUCUCACAGUCUCAA